UGAAGUGUUUAGUCUGUACACUUAUGCUUUUGUUUGCGUGGUUGCGUAUACCUUUAUAAAACGGAGUGCAUAAAAAAUACGUUGGCCAGUGUUUACUUUACGUGGUUUGUUUUGGGGGUGAACAUGCAACAGUGUGUUAGCUAGCCGUAAUGUAGCUUAAAUAUGAAAAACGGCUUAAGUUAGCCAAAGAAAACUUUGGAACAGGCGCAGUGUUUUGGAAGGGCACCUCAGUUUCUUCUUUAUAUCGAGGGAGAAAAAAGGAACUCGGUUGAUGAUCCAUUAAAUCAUAAGCCAGCUAGUAUUGUUAUUGUACUGUACAUAAAUCUAGUGUAAAUUCUAGCUAGCUGGGUAAAUUGUGGUACUUUGUGGACUAAUGUUGAAAAUUGUUGUAAGCGCCUGACACAGAGUGAAGCUUACCAACAAACUAGCUAGCUAGGUAGUACGGUAGUGAAAACUGGUCUGCCUAAUUUGUGUUCGUUACAAACGACAGUUGUUACCUUAUGUGCCGCAGUCAUCAACCAUUGCCUUUUAAUCUUCGCUUCUGUAGUCCUUCUGCUCUGCGUCUGACAUUCCAGAGCGGGCUCCUCCCACGCGGCUGCAGGGUCCUCAGCGUCCGCCACGCGUACGUCCUGGCGCCGCUCCUCCUGCUGCUCCUGGUGGGGGCGGGGCUGACCCUGCUGCUCCCUGCCGUGGAGGAGCAGGGCGGGGCCGCCGGUCGCCGGGACGCCCGCGAUGCCGGAGCCCCCCAGGAGGGGGCGCCCCCCGCGGCCGCCGACGCGGACGGCUUCACCAUCAUCAUGCAGACGUACAACCGCACCGACGUCCUGCUGAAGCUGCUCAACCACUACCAGGCAGUGCCGCGGCUGCGCCGGGUCCUGGUGGUGUGGAACAACGUGGGCGAGGCCCCGCCGCGGGCCCUCUGGGACUCCCUGGGGCCCCAUCCCGUCCCCGUCCUCUUCAAGGAGCAGAGCGCCAACCGCAUGCGCAACCGGCUGCAGGCCUUCAGCGAGAUCGACACCGACGCUGUGCUGAUGCUGGAUGACGACACCCUGGUCAGCGCUCCGGACCUCAGCUUCGCCUUCUCCGUCUGGAAGCUGUUCCCGGAGCAGAUUGUGGGAUUCGUUCCCCGUAAGCAUGUGACCACGGCCUCGGGGGUGUACAGCUACGGGAGCUUCGAGCUCCAGGACCCCGAGGAGGCGGGCGGAGACAGGUACUCCAUGGUGCUGGUGGGCGCGGCCUUCUUCCACCGUCGCUACCUGCGGCUUUUCCAACAGCAGCCGGCCCAAGUGCACGCCCUGGUGGACGACACGCAGAACUGCGACGACAUCGCCAUGAACUUCGUGGUGGCGAUGCAGCUGGGGGCGGGGCCCCGGGCGGCGGGCGUGUUCGUGAAGCCCGUGGACCUGCGGAACCUGGAACGGGACGCCCGCAGCGGGCACCUGGGCAUGUGGCACCGGCCGGAGCACCUGCUGCAGCGCUCGCACUGCCUGAACCGCCUGGCGCAGAUCUACGGCUCCAUGCCGCUGCGCUACUCCAACAUCAUGCUCUCGCAGUUCGGCUUCCCCAGCUACGCCAACCACAAGGCGCGCGUGUGACCCGCCCUGACCCGCCCUGACGCGCCCUGAC